AUGGCGAUCUGUACUUAUAACGCACGUACGCUUGCAUCGGAAGCGGCCAUCGAAGAUCUGAUGAUGCAAGCCAAGAAGAUCAAGUACGACGUCAUCGGACUGACCGAGACGAGACGACGUCACCCUCUCAACGUCGUAUAUGAAACUGGAGAAGAACUGUUCUUAGGAACAUGCGACAGUAGAGGUGUUGGUGGAGUUGGCGUCCUCGUCAACACGAGUAUGGCAAAGAACAUCGACUCUUUUGAACAACUUACGACCCGAAUCGGACGUCUGCGGAUGAGAAGAUGUGGCCCAAUACCAGCUUUGACUAUCUUCGUCGUUUACGCUCCAACAUCAAGCUACGAAGAAGAAGUCGAAGCUUUCUAUAUGGACCUGGAGAAGUUCUACCAAGAAGAUCAUGCCUUCUACAAGGUCAUAGUUGGCGAUUUCAACGCUAAGGUUGGCCCAAGAAGAACGCCGGAGGAACUUCACAUCGGGACCCACGGCCUACAAUGGAAUGACCAGGGAGAGAGGCUCUCCGAGUUCAUCAUGACGACUAAGACCAUCCAUGGGAACUCGCAAUUUCAGAAGCCCUCUUCUUUACGCUGGACGUGGGAGUCACCCGGUGGAGGUUCUAUACGGGAUCGGACCAUCGAAUCCUCCGAGGAAGAUUUUCCUUCACAAGGAGAGCAGAGAAAGCCGCCAAGUUCAGAGAGAGAAAUCCCAGGACUACCAUCAACUGGGAUCUCUUCGCUACGCUGGCCGGCUUUUGGGAAGAUUCUGCAAUGGACAACAUCGACGAGAACAUCGGAAUAUGACCGGCUUGUCGAACACCUUCACGACUGCGCGAAGAAGGCUGAGAGUUUUAAAACCACCAGGAGGCGCCUGUCUCUUGAAACUCUUGAGCUGAUACGCCAGCGUGGAGCAGCACGAGCCGCAGGGAACCAAGAACUCACGUCCGAGCUCGCAAGGCUUUGCCGAGAGGCGAUAAAGGAAGACCUUAAAGAGAGAAGAGCAGAAGUGCUGGCUGAAGCUGCAGAGGCGGGGAAAAGCAUCCGCUAUGCCCGUCGAGACUUCGCUAGUCGCAAGACGAGGAUGACUGCUCUCCGGAACCCAAAGGGAACAGCCACUGCAUCGAGAAGGGGGAUGGAGAAAAUCAUCUACGACUUCUACUCUGAUCUCUUCGACAGCCAUGUCCACUUGCCUCCUCACCAUCUGAGGGAAGAUGGACAAGUCAUUCCAGAGGUUCUCCCGUCCGAAAUACGACAUGCUAUCAUGUCGGUAAGAAAUCGUACGGCACCCGGUCCCGACAGAAUAAGACCAGAACACCUGAAGAGCCUUCCGCCAGUACUCAUCAACACCCUGGCGAGGCUCUUUACACGUUAUCUGUCGGAAUGCAAGGUUCCUAAGCAGUGGAAGACCAGCAAGACCGUGUUGUUGUAUAAAAAGGGAGAUCCACAUGACAUCGGCAACUAUCGCCCAAUCUGCCUACUGUCCGUCAUCUACAAGCUCUUUACAAGAGUAAUCCUUAAUAGGAUUGAAAAAGUCUUGGAUGAAGGACAGCCAUGCGAGCAAGCAGGGUUUCGAAAAGGAUUCAGCACGAUUGACCACAUUCACACUGUUUCGAAACUCAUCGAGGUAUCACGAGAGUACAAGAUGCCGCUCUGUCUCACCUUCAUCGACUUAAAGAAGGCUUUCGACUCGGUUGAGACGGAAGCGGUCGUGGAAGCCUUGGACAACCAAGGCGUCCCUACUCAGUAUAUUAAGGUACUUCGAGAGUUGUACAGUAACUUCACGACCGGAAUUUCGCCAUUCUACAAGAACAUCAUCAUUGACGUGAAGAGGGGGGGUCCGACAGGGUGA